AUGCACGCAUAUGCUUGUCGCCUCUGCGCAUCCCCCUCUGUGAUGCCCUUUCACACAGACAGGAUGCGCGAAUACCAUCAAUGCAGCCAAUGCCAUCUUGUGUUUGUACCCGAUCGCUUCGUGUUGUCAAAUGCGGACGAAAAGGCUUUGUACGAUUUACAUGAGAACGUUCCUGGUGACGCCGGUUACGAGAAAUUUCUCUCUCGUGCAGCAAAGCCGCUCGCAGAUUUCUUUCCUCCUAACGCCCAUUCUGAAGCGAUGCAGGGCCAGCGCCGAGGCCUCGAUUUUGGGUGUGGACGCGUACAAGUUUUAGCGCACAUGCUCUCCACUGCUCCUUACAAUUUCUCCAUGGAUGCAUACGAUUUAUACUACUUUCCAGAGAAUAGGCACUUCCUUGAACGCGAAGGGCACUAUGAUUUUAUUACAGCGACUGAGGUUCUUGAGCAUUUGCAGGACCCGUUUUCAGUGCUUCGCACGCUGUGGAGGUGCAUCCGCAUUGGCGGUGUUUUGGUAAUUAUGACAAAACGUGUACACGGUACAGUUGAUAGCUUUUGUAACUGGCACUACAUCCGUGACCCCACACAUAUUACGUUCUUUCAUCAAGAUUCCUUUCAAUGGCUUGCAGACUUUCUCCCGUCCGAAGGCGAAGCGUGCGAAGCACGCUUUGUAAGCGCCGAUGUAGUGCUUCUCAUAAAACAGCAAAACAAGGAGAUUUAG